AAAAUACACAAUAGAUAUAUAUGUAUAUAUAAUAUAUAGUUUUUUUUUCUUCUCUUCCUCUGCUUUUCAAACUCUGACUGAACUUGCCGGCGUUUUCUACUGCUGUAGUGUUUUAUAAUUCAGCCGUCUGGAAAUUCAGAUCACUUUACUGUAAACUGAUUUUGCUGAAGCAGAUCGCCGGUGUUUUGAGGAGGAAUUGUGGUCAAUUUUGUGUGGAUGUGAUUGUUUUUUCAGUUUGAAGUGUCUCGGAAGUUGAGAGUUUGGUUUCUCUGCGUUACGCGAUUUACUUUUUCUUUUCUUUCUUUAUUGUGAGUUUUUGAAAGAUCGGAGUUCGUUUCCUUUGCUUCAACGAUGACUGAUCCAUUGGCGGCGGCGGCGUAGGUUUUGUGAAGUUCCGGGAAGUGAUGAGUUCUGAGCUUCCGGAAUUUUGACAAACUUUAUAUGUGUUGCUUGAACUUUGAGGAGUAUACAAAACCAUUGUCUUGAAAUUUAGAAGAAGACUUGCAGUGACUGACGGGAUUUUGUGGAAAGUUUGUGCAAAUUUGGGUAGCCAUGUCGAAUUCGAAGGUGGUCUAUGAAGGCUGGAUGGUCAGGUAUGGGCGCAGGAAGAUUGGGAGAUCAUUUAUUCACAUGCGAUAUUUUGUGCUCGAGUCUAGAUUGCUGGCCUAUUACAAGAAGAAGCCGCAAGACAAUGUGGUGCCGAUCAAGACUCUUCUCAUAGAUGGAAACUGUAGGGUGGAGGACCGAGGAUUGAAGACUCAUCAUGGACAUAUGGUUUAUGUUUUGUCUGUUUACAACAAGAAAGAGAAGUACCAUCGCAUCACGAUGGCAGCUUUCAACAUUCAGGAGGCACUCAUUUGGAAAGAAAAAAUUGAAUCUGUUAUCGACCAGCAUCAAGAGUCACAAGCUAAUGGAAACAAAUACCAUUCUUUUGAAUACAAGUCAGGAAUGGAUAAUGGGAGGACUGCUUCAUCAUCGGAUCAUGAGAGUCAGUUUAGUGCUGCAGAAGAUGAAGAUGAUGCUCGUCCAAAUUUGGCACGCAGAACAACUAUUGGAAAUGGGCCCCCUGAAGCUGUUUUGGAUUGGACAAAGGAAUUAGAUUCUGAUUUGGCUAAUCAGAAUUCUAGCAAUCAGGCAUUUUCUAGAAAGUAUUGGCGCCUUCUCCAGUGCCAAAAUGGGCUUCGGAUUUUUGAGGAGCUUCUUGAAGUGGAUUUUCUUCCGAAGAGCUGUAGCAGAGCAAUGAAAGCUGUUGGGGUAGUGGAGGCUUCCUGUGAAGAAAUAUUUGAACUAGUAAUGAGCAUGGAUGCAACAAGAUGCGAAUGGGAUUGCAGUUUCCAAUAUGGUAGCUUAGUUGAAGAAGUGGAUGGCCAUACAGCUAUACUGUACCACAGGCUUCAGUUAGACUGGUUUCCGACGUUUGUAUGGCCUCGUGACCUCUGCUAUGUACGCUAUUGGCGUCGAAAUGAUGAUGGGAGUUAUGUUGUGUUAUUUCGUUCUAGGGAGCAUGAAAAUUGUGGUCCGCAACCUGGAUAUGUGCGAGCUCAUAUUGAAAGUGGAGGAUUCAAUAUUUCACCACUGAAACCUCAUAAUGGGAGGCCUAGAACACAAGUCCAGCAUCUUAUGCAGAUUGAUCUAAAAGGAUGGGGAGUGGGUUAUAUUUCAUCAUUUCAGCAAUACUGUCUUCUUCAGAUGCUGAAUAGUGUUGCAGGAUUGCGGGAAUACUUUUCUCAAACUGAUGAAAGGACCGCGGCUCCCAGAAUCCCUGUUAUGGUCAAUAUGACGUCAGUAUCCGGUUCUUCAAAGAGGAGUCACAAACUCCAGUCAGCUUCCGUUCAUCAUCGGACUCCUUCACUUGAUCAAAUACAUGCUGAAAACAGAAAUGCGGUGUUGAUGGAUGAAUACUCUGAUGAAGAUGAAGAUUUUCAGGGCGCUGAUCAAGAGGCUUUGCCAUCUGCCAUUGAGGUUGAAGACAAAAGAACUGCCUAUGAAGAAGAAAAUAAAGACCAAAUAGAUUUCUCCAUUUUCUCCGGCAACCUUCGCCGUGAUGCUCAUGACAAGGCUCGUGACUGUUGGACAUUAUCUGAUGGAAACAACUUCAGAGUUCGUAGCAAGCGUUUCUGUUAUGAUAAAUCAAAGAUUCCUGCAGGUAAACAUCUUAUGGAUCUUGUUGCUGUAGACUGGUUCAAAGAUACUAAAAGAAUGGAUCAUGUUGCCAGACGCCGUGGGUGUGCUGCCCAAGUUGCAUCAGAUAGAGGACACUUCUCUAUUGUUUUUAAUCUGCAAGUACCUGGAUCGACGCACUACAGUAUGGUGUUUUAUUUUGUGUCUAAGGAAUUAGUACCAGGUUCUCUCUUGCAGCGGUUUGUCGACGGGGAUGACGAGUUCCGUAAUAGUAGACUGAAGCUUAUUCCAUCAGUACCCAAGGGCUCUUGGAUUGUACGUCAAAGUGUUGGCAGCACACCUUGUUUACUGGGGAAGGCAGUUGAUUGCAACUAUAUCCGUGGUCCAAAGUAUCUGGAAGUUGAUGUCGAUAUUGGUUCUUCCACUGUGGCAAAUGGAGUCCUGGGGCUUGUAAUUGGCGUUAUCACAACACUUGUGGUUGACAUGGCCUUUCUUGUACAGGCGAACACCACCGACGAGUUGCCAGAGCGGCUGAUUGGUGCUGUUAGGGUUUCUCAUAUAGAGUUGUCAUCUGCUAUUGUGCCGGUGCUGGAAGCAGAUCCUUCAGACUCACUCAGAACAUAACGAACUGGGUAUCAAUUAUACAGGCAGUAUAGUAAUAUGAUCAAAUACAUGUGAUACAUUCAUUAAUACCUUCUACUUUCUACAAUGUAGAGAUAUAAUUUCUCAAGAUAAUUGAGUUCAAUGUAGCAAAAGGCUGGUGUUAGUUUUACUUCAGGGAAUAUUAAUGCAUUAUUCACAAGUGUAAUUCCCUUCAUAUGCCUGCUGUACUUCUACUAUCAUUCCACACUCUCGUUGUUUGAACUUGGACAAUUGA